UGUGUUGCCAAGGGCUUCCCUGGUUUUCUCUAUCGCAGCCUUGAACUGCAGACGGGACAAGAGUCUGAGGGGAGAGGGGAGGAAAAAGCAGAAGCCAGUCGCUUGGUAUGCAUUGAACUGGCUUGCAUCCAGUCGGCUGCUGCUCUCCUAACAACGUCCUUAGUGCCCUUUCAGAGAGAAGGAAAACAUGGUUGUGGAUCUUUCACUGAAGAUCUUUGGGCCUUGGCUGAAACAGCCCUCAAGGAAUUUCGGCAUCACCUCGAUCCUCCGAAAUGAGUCAGCAUCAGCUGCACCUGCAGGUCACAUGCAUCGCCCCAGCAACUGGGAUAAGAGGAUCCUGGUCUAUUCUGGAAAAUACAAGAAUGUAGCUGAAGUACCCGACAGUGUCCCGGCAGCUGUGAUGCACAAGGCAAAGAAUAAGUGGCGUAUCAAGGUGAACAUCUGGAUGUGUGUUGCCUGCGUGGCUGCAUGCGUUGCCAUGGUCUACAGUGGGAAGGCGGCACUGGGAAGGGGCGAGGUGGUGUCUGAACGCACUGUUCAGCAUCACAAGGAGCUCAAGGAGGCAAGGAAGAGUUUAGAGUGAACUCAGUCUACCACUUUGCCAAAGGUGGAACUCCGGUCUUCAUGGCCAAACGACGACAAUAAUUGUGUGAUUGCAACUGUUUUAUAUUUUUCUUUUUCUUGUCCUUUUUCCUCUUUGUAUCAUUGUUUCUACUUUGGUUUUAAAGAGCAAGUAUUACUCGAAAGUGAGAUGUGGUUGGAUGUAGGGAUGUUGUUGUUAUAUACUUUACAUGUUCAUUGAUGUUGAAACCUUUUAGAUGAAAGAAUUUGAUAGGUGUCUAAAAAACAAUCUUGUCUACUUUGGUAGUUGCUCUUCCAUCAUUUGUAGAGUAUGAAUCUCGGGGUACAUAUGAGAGUGGAGAAAAGCUUUGAGGGACUAUAGAAAGCUUUGUCUUUGUUAGGAAUUUGUGUUCUGUUGGAUUUUUCUGGUGAAAAAAAAAUUCAAAACCCUUCAAUAAAAAAGUUUUCAUUCA